AUGAAAACGGUUGUCUUCAGCACAAAACCUUACGACCGGAGGUUCCUCGAAGCGGCGGGCCAGGCCUUUGAGCACGAGCUGCGUUUUCUCGAGCCGCGGUUGACCCUGGAGACAGUCGAACUAGCCCACGGGUUCGAGGCCGUUUGUGUUUUCGUGAACGACGUACUCGAUGCCCCCGUACUUCAGGCCUUAGCCCGGCAAGGUACUUCGGCCAUUGCGUUGCGAUGUGCCGGUUUCAACAAUGUCGAUUUGGCGAUGGCCCGCGAGUUGGGCAUUCGUGUGGUUCGGGUGCCGGCCUACUCACCCCACGCGGUGGCCGAACAUACCGUCUGCCUGGUGCUCGCUCUCAAUCGUCACAUCCAUCGCGCUUACUCACGCGUGCGCGACGGGAACUUUUCGCUCAACGGCCUGUUGGGUUUCGAUCUGCAUGGCCGCACCGUGGGCGUCAUCGGCACCGGCGAAAUCGGCCGGGUAUUUGCCAGCAUCAUGCGAGGCUUUGGUUGUCGGGUGUUGGGCUACGACAAGUUCCCCAACGAGAAAUCUCGCGAAUUGGGCGUAGAGUACGUCGAGCUACCCACGUUGUUUGCCGAGUCGGACAUUAUCUCGCUGCACUGUCCAUUAACGCCCGAGACGCAUCAUCUCAUCGACGCCGACUCGAUUGGCAAGAUGAAAAAAGGAGUGAUGAUCAUCAACACCAGCCGCGGCGCGGUCAUCGAUACUCACGCGGUGAUCGCCGGCCUGAAGACCGGCAAGAUCGGGCACCUGGGUCUCGACGUGUACGAAGAAGAAGCCGACGUGUUCUUCGAAGACCUCUCCAACGUCGUCAUCCCCGACGACACCCUGUCCCGCUUACUCACCUUCCCAAACGUGCUCAUCACUGGCCACCAAGCUUUCUUCACCCGCGAAGCCCUCGGUUGCAUCGCCGAGACAACACUGCAAAACCUGGCCGACCUCGAGAAAGACGGAACCUGCCCGAACGAAGUGAAACCGGCGAAGUAA